AUGCCUCACAAGAAAUCGACCAAAAGAUCUCUAACGUCCGAAAUGGAUCGUAAUGUUCGACAAAUGAUGAAACUUAUUGAAGACAAUGGAGAUUCAUUUGCACAAAAAGCUGAAAUGUAUUACCAAAAGAGACCAGAAUUGAUUUCUCUUGUGGAAGAGUUUUACCGCGGUUAUCGAUCAUUGGUCGAGCGUUACGAGCCUGCUGCAGGUGAUUUGUGGAAAAACAUACCUUCUGAUCUUCAAUCUCAAGCCUCAGGUGUUUCUGAUAACAGUUCAGAACCACCUCCUGCUUCUCCGAGAAAAACGGGACGUAGAAUAUCGAUUACACGCGCGCCAGGGUUUGAUUUCUUUCUUGGCUCUGGUGGAAAUAAUAAUGGUUAUGAUUCAUCAUGUCAAAAAGACGGUGAUGCAUUUUCUAAUAUGUCGGAUAGCGACGAUGAAUACGAUGGUGCUUCGUCUAUCAAUAGUUACUCGGGGUUCUUUGGGAAUGCGAGUGAUAAUGGCAUGACUAAAAGGGUUAUUGAAUUGGAGAUCGAGUUGCGUGCGGUGCAAGAUAAGAUUUUAGUGUAUGAACAACAAGAACAAGGACAUAGUGAAGAUGGUGUAAAAAUCAAUGGAUAUGAACAAGAAUUGAAGAAUGUGAAUGAAAAUAUGAGGCUUUCACAAGAGAAAAUUCAUAAACUUGAGAUCGAGGUUGAAAAAUAUAAUAAGUCAAUGGAUUCAUUGGCUUAUUCGGACAAUGAUACUUGUUCCAGACUAGGCCAGGGUCGAUCCGAACUGGACCUCUGCGCCAUUGGUACUAACGAAUUAUCAUCAUCAACCAAAGAGGAUCUUAAUACGAAAAGGGAUAUCAAAUUCUUCGAAGAUGAGCUUAGUUUGGCAAAGGAAAAAGUUGAGAAUUUUGAAGUGCAAACAGCUUCAUUGAAAAUUGAGACAAGUAAAUCAAAUGAGAGGCAUGAACAAUUGCAGGAUCAGCUUAACUUGGCUCACAAGGAAACGGAUAAAUGGAAAACUAUGUUCAAUUCUGAGAAGAGAGAUAACAUUGAGCUUCAAGAAAGAGUUUCAAGGUUGAAAACAAGUCUAGUAGAAAGGGAACAUGAGAUGAUUGAGCUUCAAGAAAGAGUUUCAGGGUUGAAAACAAGUCUAGUAGAAAAAGAACAUGAGAUCAAGGAUUUAAAAGGUAUUUUGUCCGAGUCGAAACAGAAAAACUUGUUUGAAAAGUCAAAGUUAAAGACCAAAGUGUGUAAAUUGUUGGAACAACAUAAUCACAUGGAAGAGAGACUCCGAGAUGAAAUUGAGAUGUUGAAGCGAGAGAUUCAUGAAAGAAACGAUAAUAUUGUAGAUCUUAAUGUGAGACUUGGAGGUUUAAUAUUAGAGAGAGAUAAUCUCAAUGAAGAAGUUGGUUUACUCAAAGAAGAGAUGAAUUCAAGAGGUAAGGAGAUUGAAAAGGCAAAUAGACAUGUGGUGGAAUUAGAAUCAAGAGCAAAGGAACUAGAUGAUGAGAUUGAAAGGCAUAAGAUUGAGAUAUUAGAAGGAGCUGAAGAGAAACGCGAGGUUAUAAGACAGUUAUGUUUUUCACUUGAGCAUUAUAGAAAUGGAUAUAAUGUUUUUAGGAAGGCAUUCAUAGGUCACAAUAGGUUUCCACUUUUGACAUCCUAA